GAGCCCCUUCAGUCUACGUCUUAGAGUUCUUCGUAUAAGUGGGAUCAAACUCUUUAAUAAGUCUUUCUCCAAUUAUUACCGCCUUCUAACCAAACAGAUGGGUGUUGCAAAUGCUGGCGGGCCGGUCCAUCGAGCGGCGAACGCUGACCUCAUUACUGCCCGUUAAUGACAUCAGCGACAACAAAACCACUCGGCCAAGUUUGACCACGGAAAAUAUAUCAAACGGAAGAGAGGCCUUGAAUCGCCCUCGAACCUAUAAAUUUAUAUUACAGAAAAAGAAGCUCUAUUAUUAUUAUCUUACCAUCACUUCACCACUAUCAUGACUAUCGCGACUUCUUCCCUCGUCUUCCAGUUGAGCGGCACAUGCAACAAUUACCCCUGGGGCAAGAAGGGGACGCAGUCUCUCGCUGCUCGGCUCUGCGCCAACACACUGGGCGACAAAUUUGAGAUCGACGAUGACCAGUUCUACUCGGAGAUGUGGUUCGGGGAUUAUCCCAAGUUUCCGGCCCGCGUGCUGGAGACCGGCGAACUGCUCAAGGACGUCCUCGACAGAAACAAGGAGAAGCUGCUCGGGAAGAAGGUGAUUGAGAAUCUGGAUGGCCAACUGCCAUUCCUGCCCAAAAUCCUCUCAAUCAACAAAGCCCUCCCUCUCCAACUCCAUCCCAAGAAGGAGCUCGCAACCAAACUGCACGCGGAAAACCCCGAAGAUUUCAGCGAUCCCAACCACAAGCCCGAGAUCGCCGUAGCCCUCACCAAGUUCGAGCUCUUCUCGGGCUUCAAGCCCCUCCCCGAGCUCGAAUCCCUCUUCACCCUCCCCCCGCUCACCCAAUUCCUCCCCGCCUCCACAACAACCUGGACGCCGACCACCCUCCGCGAAACAACCCGCACCAUCCUCAAAUCCCCGCCCGCCACAAUCCACCAAGCCCUAACCGCCCUCUCCCACCUCCCCGCCUCCGCCUUCCCCAAAUCCGCAGCCCACAUCCCCUCCCUGCUCCCCCGCCUGGCCGCCCAGCACGGCCUCUCCGACCCCGCCGUGCUCGUCGCCCUGGCCUGCACAAACUUCCUCGUCCUCGGCCCGGGAGACGCAGUCUUCGUGCCCGCCGGCGGCGUCCACGCGUACCUGUCCGGCGACAUCGUCGAGUGCAUGGCGCGCAGCGACAACGUGCUCAACGCGGGGCUGUGCGCGGCCGAGGAGCGGCAUGAUGCGGAUGUGUUUGCUGAUGCGAUGGUGACGGGGUACGGGGAGGUGGCGGAGGACGUGAGGUUGUGGAGUGGCGACAGUGCGAGGAGUAGGUCGGGGAUGACGGUGGUGUAUAGUCCGCCGAUGGGGGAGUUUGACAUGCUGAGGGCGGAGCUGGGGGUUGGGGACGGGGAUGAGAUCGUGGCGAGUGAGGGGCCUGGGGUGUUGAUUGUGACGAAGGGGAGUGGAAUAAUGAAGGCUGAUGGGAGGCAGUUUGAUCUGUCCGAGGGGUUUAUCUUUUUUGUGGCUCCGGGAGUUAAGCUUGUGUGGGAAACGGUUAAUGGGAUGGAGAUUCACAUGGCGUAUGUGUGAUUGUUGGAUUUAGAAUGGGGUUAGAUGGUAUUAAAACUAGACGGUACAAACAGACACUAGUCCUAUCCAUGGCGUUGCUCACAUCUUGCGAUAAAUAAAAAAGGGGUAACGAAAGACAACUUCGGUAACCUACCCUACUCCUCAUCCCAGG